AUGGCUGAUCCGCUCUCUAUCGCAUCUGGAGUUGCCGGGUUGUUGUCGUUGGGGAUCCAAGUUACCAAAUCUCUAGUUGAUUUUUAUUCCGCAUACAAGGAUCAGACUCCUACUCUGGCUAAGACUAUGCUGAAUCUUAAGAACCUUCUCAGCAUCCUUCAGUCCCUUGAUGAUGCACUACAAAAUGACCAACGCCAGAGGAAUGCCCUACUCCAAGAGAUCGACAAAGUGGCAGUGGAAUGCCGUGGGGUCAUCGAGGAACUGAGGGACGAGUGCCAAAAAUUCCAAAAAGAUACCACUCUCAGCCUGAAGGGCCGAAUUCAAGUUGCCGGUCGCCGGGUGACUUAUCCAUUUAGGACAAGUACUCUCCAAAACCUUGAAGAAAUCAUCGGCGAGAUACGGGGAAACUUGUCUCUUGCAUUGAAUGUGCUACAGCUCAGAAACCAGGCUGGGCUGGAAGAUGAGAUAUCCGGACUCAAAAUACUCGUCGAAAGGACAAGUGCGAUUCAAAUCUCUACUGAGAUUCGUAGGUGGCUUAAGGCCCCAGAUGCGACCAUUGACCACGAUUCCGCCUGCGAGAAACGCCAUACGAGUACAGGAUUAUGGUUGGUCAACGGCCAUAAAUUUCAGAACUGGAUGAUUGAGCCCAAUUCAUUUCUCUGGAUUAAUGGCUUUGCCGGAUGUGGCAAGUCAGUCCUAUGCUCGACGGCAAUUGAACAUGUAUUCCGUGAAAGGCAGCACCAGCCUAGAGUAGGAAUCGGAUUUUUCUACUUUUCCUUCAAUGAUGAGUCUAAGAAAGAUUGUUCCGGCAUGUUACGUGCAUUGCUUAUACAGCUGUCGGCUCAGCUUGAAGAGGGCGAAAAAGAUCUACAAGAACUAUAUGGAUUGUAUAAACCGGGCGUUCCACCAGUGAAAGUCCUACUUACCUCUCUCGAACAGACCAUCUGCAAGUUCAGCGUCACCUACAUUCUGUUGGACGCAUUGGAUGAGAGCCCACGAGGCAAUAAAAGAGAGUACGUUUUGGAUGCGAUAGAGAAGAUCCGGCAGUGGGACCUGCCAAAUCUCCACCUCCUAGUGACCAGCCGCAAUGAAAUCGACAUCCGCGAUGCUCUGGAAACUUCCUUCUGCCAGGAUAUCCCAAUGAGAAAUCCGGAGACAGAUACAGACAUCCAAAACUUCAUUUCCUAUCAGCUCAGCAAUGACCCCAAGCUUCAAAAAUGGGAAUCGCGCCAUGAAGAGAUUCAAGAGAAAUUGACCAAUAAGGCGCACGGAGUAUUCAGAUAUGUCGAAUGUCAACUCCUUGCGCUAAAACGUGUCCGGAUCCGAAAUCAGCUCGAUAAAUGUCUUCGUUCUUUGCCCCGCGAUCUUGAUGAGACAUAUGAGCGAAUGUUGUGUAGCAUUGACGAGGAAGACAUUGAAGAAGCGCGACUAGUAUUGACUUUACUUUGUGUGUCUAAUCGGCCACUCACUGUGAGGCAACUUACCGGCGCCCUUGCUAUUGACAUCAAAGCCAGCGAGUGGCAAUUGGAUCGUGAGGGUCGAUCAUUUAGCCAAGAUGAUCUUCUCGACAUUUGCCUUGGUCUCAUAGAGCUCGCAGUGAUUGAGGACGAGGACUCUGGAGAGAUGACUACGAUUGCUCGUAUAGCGCACUUCUCUGUACAGGAGUACCUUGAAUCAGACCGGAUUUUCCAACAAGGCGCUGCAAAAUUCACGAUCCGAAAAGAACAAGCCCACACAGAGAUGGCUCAGGUUUGCCUAGUGUAUCUCCUGGACCCAACACUCUCGAAUGGAGAAUUGGAUGAAGCAAAGCUGGAAACCUUUCCUUUUGCUCACUUUGCUGCUCAGUAUUGGUUUUUCUUUUACAACAAUUCCGGGAAAGGGAAGUCCGACAUUGAGAGCUUAAUUCUAAGGCUAUUUAAGGACCAGAGAGAGUCAUUUCUGACCUGGGUACGGUUGCAUGACGUGGCUUCUAUGCAGGAUCAUGGAAUCAACUUCACGCUUGAUACCGAGGAUAUCCCAUCUCCUUUAUACUACGCAGUCCUUUUAGGAUUUGAGCACAUCCUAAGUGUCCUUAUGGCGAGCUUGGGGGAGGAGACCAAAAUAAAUGCCGCCAUCAAUAACCAGGUUGGAUUAUUCGGAAACGCGCUCCAGGCCGCAUCAUCCGGAUUCACUACCGUCACCCUCGAGAACCAAUGCUAUGAGAAGAUGGUGCACGAGAAGAUGGUACAGACCCUUCUAUAUCAUGGUGCCGACGUCAAUAUUCAAGGGGGGGUUUUUGGCACUGCACUCCAAGCUGCAUCAUAUGAUGGCCAUAAGAAGGUGGCGCAAAUCCUACUAGAUCAUAGUGCUGAGAUCAAUGCCCAAGGGGGUGAAUAUAACAACGCACUCCAGGCCGCCGCACAGGGAGGCCAUCAGAAGGUAGUACAGACCCUUCUAGAUCAUGGUGCCGAUGUCAAUAUUCAAGGGGGGUAUUUUGGCACGGCACUUCAGGCCGCCGUACAGGGAGGCCAUGAGAAGGUGGUACAGACCCUUCUAGAUCAUAGUGCCGAUGUCAAUAUUCAAGGGGGGUAUUUUGGUACGGCGCUCCAGGCCGCCGUACAGGGAGGAUUUGAGAAGGUGGUGCAGACCCUACUAGGUCAUGGCGCUGAUACCAAUUCUCUAGGGGGUACAAAUGAUACCGCGCUCCAGGCCGCAUCAUUCAGAGGGGAUGACAAUUUAGUGCAGACCCUACUAGAUUAUGGUGCCGAUGUCAAUGCUCCAGGGGGUCAGAUAUAUGGCACCGCGCUCCAGGCCGCAUCAUUCGGAGGAUAUGAGAAGGUGGUGCAGACCCUUCUAGAUCAUGGUGCCGACGUUAAUGCUCCAGGGGGUGAAAAUAACACCGCAAUCCAGGCCGCCGCAGAAGGAGGUCAUGAGAAGGUGGUUCACACCCUGCUAGAUUAUGGUGCCGACGUCAAUAUUCAAGGGGGCUUUUUUGGCACCGCACUCCAAGCUGCAUCAUUCGGAGGCCAUAGCCAUUUAGUGCAGACCCUGCUAGAUCGUGGCGAGGAUGUCAAUAUUCAAGGGGGGUAUUUUGGCACGGCGCUCCAGGCCGCCGUACAGGGAGGCCAUGAGAAGGUGGUACAGACCCUUCUAGAUCAUGGUGCCGACGUCAAUGCUCCAGGGAAUCAGAUAUAUGGCACCGCGCUCCAAGCCGCAUCAUUCGGAGGAUAUAAGAAGGUGGUGCAGACCCUUCUAGAUCAUGGUGCCGACGUUAAUGCUCCAGGGGGUGCAAAUGGCACCGCGCUCCAGGCCGCAUCAUCUGGAGGCUAUGAAAAUUUAGUGCAGACCCUACUAGAUCAUGGCGCCAAUGUCAAUGCUCCAGGAAGUACAGAUGGCACCGCGCUCCAGAUCGCAUCAUUAAGAGGCCAUGACAAUUUAGUGCAGACCUUACUAGAUCAUGGCGCCGACGUCAAUGCUCCAGGGGUUACAAAUGGCACCGCGCUCCAGGCCGCAUCAUUAAGAGGCCAUAAGAAGGUGGUGCAGACCCUACUAGAUCAUAGCGCCGAUAUUAAUAUCCAAGGGGGUCUUUUUGACACCGCCCUCCAGGCCGCCGCACAGGGAGGAUAUAAGAAGGUGGUACAGACCCUCUUAGAUCAUGGUGCCGACGUGAAUAUUCAAGGGGGUUUUUUUGGCACUGCGCUCCAGGCUGCAUCAAGAGAAGGCCAUGAGAAGGUGGUGCAGAUCCUGCUAGAUCAUAGUGCCGAGGUCAAUACCCAGUGGGGUGAAUAUAACAACGCACUCCAGGUCGCCGCACAAGGAGGCUAUAAGAAAGUGGUACAGAUCCUUCUAGAUCAUGGUGCCGACGUUAAUGCUCCAGGGGGUACAAAUGGCACCGCGCUCCAGGCUGCAUCAAGAGAAGGCCACGAGAAGGUGGUGCAGAUCCUGCUGGAGAACGGCGCUGAGCCAGAACCAAUUAUCUGA